GGCUGGCAAGCUGCGUACAAACAACUUGAGUUUCAGUUUUAGAAUCAGUCGAGAAGCGCGUAAGCAGUUCGCGCACGCGCUCUCGGGCUCUAUAGCUUGUUUUUGAGCUAUCGCGGUUUGCGCGCGAAAAUUGUGCUUUCGACAGAUAAAAAUUCGCGCAGGUAACAUGGCUUUUACAGCCGUGUGUGCGCGCUUCUUGGCGUUGCUAUCCUUAACGUUGAGUUCGUAUGCCCUCACCAUGGAUGAAGAUGCAACGAACAAUUUGAUAGCUAUAGCCGGCUCCGCACAUGAGUACGGUGAAAUUGCGGUACUAGUCAGGGGGCCACACGGCCUUAGUGCCAGACGGGAACAGCUGUUACAUGUGAAGGGUGCAGAAGAUGAUGCUAUCUCACUUUACUACAAUAGAAAGACUAAUAAAGUCUCCUUAGAGAGCCUUAAUGGCGGUUUCCUCAAGUCAGUAUCGUGGGGUCUUGGCUCUCAUCCACGAAGUACUCUUCUUCUGAUAGCAGCUGAAAAUAGAGUCAAGCUCUUUAUCGGCUGCAACCCUCUGCAUUGGCACACUAUGUCAGGCAAACAUGAUCUGAUUACUCUAUUCCGAAGUCCGAAAUUAAAAUUGUAUCAUGAAGAAAAUGCACCAGUCGAAGUAUAUAGCAGUGAACGUGCAGCUUUAGAUUCUUUAAGUUGCAAUAUGAAAGAGGAUUAUAUCAAACCACCUGCGUUACUUUCUACUGACGAAACUGACGUGGAGGAAGUUAAGGACUUCAUAGAAAAGAAUGCCGGAGUGAAAAGCGAAGAACAGAUGCAGGGAGAUGACUAUAGAAAUAAUAAUUACAUCGAUACUAAUGGUGUACUCCCGCAACCUAACCCUCCGAAUGAUCAAAGAGGAGAUAUACCUUCCAGCAUGAUAGAAACUUGUGACGAUGAGGUGGUAAAACAGCUACAGUUAUUGAGGCAGACCAUAGACCAUCUUAGAAGGGAAGUCGGCGAGCAGAAGGGUAUUAUAGACAACUUGCGCGGUCAGCUUCGUACUUGUUGCAGUUUGCGACCACAGCCGCUGGUUGAGCGAUGCUCAGACUCUACGUGUUAUCCUGGUGUGAAGUGCCGUGAUACGGCGUCCGGUGUGGUGUGCGGCUCGUGCCCCAGUGGUAUGGAAGGAGACGGCCGUCGCUGCAGGCCUAUUCAAUGUGACAGAAGACCAUGUGCAAGAGGGGAGUAUUGUAUAGACACUGAACAAGGAUAUCGCUGUCAGAGAUGCCCCGGCAGACAGACCAGUGAUGGGCAGACGUGUAUCUCUGCUUGUAGCUCUAAUCCUUGCUUUAGAGGGCAUGUGCAAUGCCAGGAUCUGCCGGACGGUGGUUACCGUUGUGGGCCAUGUCCAAGUGGUUACCAUGGCAAUGGGGAACAGUGCUACAGACGCUCCUGCAGCCAGAUAUCGUGUUUUGAAGGAGUAGAAUGCCAGGAGACACAUGAAGGCCCGCGCUGUGGCCCCUGUCCAAACGGUUUUAGCGGUGAUGGUCAACGAUGUGAACAUGUGUGCGAUACACACAGGCCGUGUGGCGAGAGACCCUGUAAACAGAUCUCGAGCAGCCCAUACUACGAAUGCGAGGACUGUCCUCCAGGAUAUAAAUGGCAUGACUACUCGUGCGUGGACAUCGACGAGUGCGACCUGUACAGCCCGUGCGACGAGCUGGUGUCGUGCCGCAACGAGGAGGGUGGAUUUAGCUGCGGCCCGUGUCCGGCCGGCUACGAGGGAAGCGCGUGGCGCGGCGCCGGCGCCGACCGCCUUCGCCAGCGCUGCGCCGACUUGGACGAGUGCGCCGCUGGCCGCGCACUUUGCGACCCACACCGCCUUUGCGUCAACACGCCGGGUUCAUACACGUGCGUGCCAUGUGGUGGUAACUACUUUCUGAACACAUCCCGGCCAUGCUUCGAGCCGCAACCACUGCAGCGAUACUGUGACCCGGACUACUGCAAGAGAUUCAACGCCGUAUGCGGGUACGGACAGAAGUGCGUCUGUGCGACCGGAUGGGCGGGCAAUGGAACAGUCUGCGGUCCGGACAGAGACUUGGACGGAUAUCCGGACCAACAGCUUAGGUGCUACGAGAUGCAUUGUAAGGCGGACAACUGCCCGGAUGUUUCCAACUCUGGACAGGAAGACGCGGACGGUGAUGGUUUGGGUGAUUCCUGCGACCCGGACGCUGAUGGCGACGAGAUCCCUAAUCAUCCGGACAACUGUCCUUUGGUCGCAAAUCCGGACCAACUAGACCGAGACGAGGAUAGGAGCGACAGGCGGGGUGAUGUGUGCGACAACUGCCCGAGGAGGUACAACCCCGACCAGGCCGAUACUGACGGUGAUGGCAUGGGCGACGUUUGCGAUCCAGAUAUGGACAACGAUGGUGUGCCCAACGAGCAUGAUAAUUGUCCUCGGGUGUACAAUCCGCGGCAGGAGGACGCAGACGGCGACGGUGUUGGUGAUGCGUGCGACAACUGUCCCCACGUACCCAACACACCGCAAGCUGAUAGCGACAACGACGGCGUCGGUGAUGCCUGCGACAGUGACCUAGAUCGGGACCUGGACGGUAUCCAAGACGGCAUGGACAACUGUCCGACGGUGGCGAAUAGUGACCAGCAGAAUGUGGACGGCGACGAGUGGGGCGACGCGUGCGACGACGACGACGACGGUGACGGUGUCCCAGACUCGCAGGACAAUUGUCCCCUUGUGGCAAACCCUGACCAGUUAGACACUAAUAACGAUUUCGAGGGCGAUGCUUGCACUAACGACAAUGACGGCGAUAAAGUUAUCAACGAAUUGGACAACUGUCCCAACAAUUCGCUCAUACACCGCACCGAUUUCAGAAAGUACAUGACAGUUCGUUUGGAUCCCGAGGGCGAAUCUCAGCAGGACCCCAAUUGGGGAGUUGGGAACGAGGGCGCCGAGAUUCUUCAGACCUUGAACUCGGACCCGGGACUGGCCGUUGGGUUCGAAUACUUCGGUGGCGUAGACUUCGAAGGGACGCUGUUCGUUGAUACUCAGAUCGAUGAUGACUACGUCGGAUUCAUUUUUGGCUACCAGAACAAUAAGCGGUUCUACGUGGUGAUGUGGAAGAAGAACGCGCAGACAUACUGGCAGACGACGCCGUUCCGCGCCGUCGCCGAGCCGGGGAUACAACUCAAGCUAGUCAACUCCAAGACUGGCCCCGGGAAAACGCUGAGAAACGCUUUGUGGAACACAGAAUCUACACCGGACCAGGUUACACUUUUAUGGAAAGACCCCCGCAACGUGGGUUGGCUGGAGAAAACAGCGUACCGUUGGCGAUUGCUGCACAGGCCCAAGAUUGGACUGAUCCGGCUCAAAGUGUACGAGAAUAACCGGUUGGUGGCCGACUCUGGGAACGUGUACGAUUUCACACUGCGAGGUGGCAGGCUGGGAGUAUUUUGCUUCUCUCAAGAAAUGAUCAUCUGGUCCAACUUGGUGUACAGGUGUAAUGACAAGAUUCCAUCGAAUAUUGUGCCAGAGCUGCCUAAUCAGCUUCUCAAGAAAUUAGAAGUGGACCACGACUUUUACUACGCCUGAAUAUUGUUAAUGUAGAUUUAUUGUAUUAUUCUAAAAUAAGUAAACAAUAAUAAACCUAACAAUAUAUGGAUUUUGUUAUUUUCUUUCGGAUUAAUACGAAAGUGAGACAAAUAUCUGAAAUAGUAGAAUAAUUUGAAUACUUAACUAAAAUAGUUGUAUUGGAUGUUUGAAAUAUAAAUUUGGAAUGCAUAGGAUGCUUAGUGUCUCCGUGUACCUACUGAAUAUGUGCUAAUAGAUAAGCUUGUAAAGGUCUGAAUUCUGUUGUAAUAUAUUUUGUUUCGUUUAUAUUUCAACGUUGUUUAUGUAUCUAUGUCAAGACGUAAACGUUGCUGUUUCAAAUCGUAUUGUAAAAGUUUUGUUUCUGAUUUGUUUGUUGUUUUGUUACAAUGUGAACAAUUGACGAAUGUUUCUAUAUGAUAUAUACUUUAAGAAAUUAUAUUGUAAGUUAAACUUUAAUAUAAUAAUAAAUAUACUACUUCUUUUAA